AUGGAGCAGGAGCUGCUGAAGAUCCUGCGCGGCCUCAAGUCCCCCCGCCACCUGCAGCAGACCCACGCCCAGCUCCUCGCCCGCGGCCUCUCCGCGAGCCCGCGCCUCCUCCCGGCCCUCGUCUCCGCCGCGUUCUCCGUCGCCUCCUCGUCCCCGCGCCAUGCCGCCGCCGCGGCGAUCCUUCGUGCUGCCGGCGCCGGCGCCUCCACUGUAGCGCACAACACCCUCAUCGAGCGCCUCGCCGGGCGCGGCGGCGGCCGUGACUGCUCCGUGGUAGACGCGUUCGCGGUCUACGCUGCGAUGCGUGCCUCAGGGGUGUCCCCCAACGGGUUCACCUUCACAUUCCUGCUUCGCGCGUGCGAAUGCCUGAGGCGGCUGCCGCUGUGCCGGGUCCGUCCACGGACAGAUCGUCAGGUGUUCGAUGAAAUGGUGGAUAGGGACGUGGUUUCAUGGAACUCCAUAGUCGGUGUGUACAUGUCGAGCGAAGAUGUGACAGGUGCCAUGGAGUUGUUCGAGGCGAUGCCGGAGAGGAAUGUUGUCUCCUGGAACACUGUUGUCGCUGCAUUCGCGAGGGGUAUGCAGCAAGUGGCAAUGUUGAGUCUGCAUGGGUACAACCACAACUCGAGGUAUGAUGAGGCACUGCGCACGUUUCAGCAGAUGAUGCUUGAGGGAAGAUUCAUGCCUGAUGAAGCAACAUUAGUAAGUGUCGUCUCAGCCUGUGCUCAGCUGGGCAGCGUUGAAUACUGCAACUGGAUCAGUUCUUACAUUAGUAAAAGCAACACUCAUAUAACUGUUGCAUUAGGAAAUGCUCUCAUAGACAUGUUUGCAAAAUGUGGAGAUGUCGGAAGAGCACGGUUAGUUUUUAAUAAAAUGAAGACAAGAUGUAUCAUUACAUGGACAGCAAUGAUAUCUGGUUUUGCUUAUAAUGGACAGUUUAGAGAAGCUCUGUUGAUCUACAAUGAUAUGUGCAGAGAAGGAGUCACACUGGAUGAUACAGUCUUUGUUGUUGCACUUGCUGCUUGUGCUCAUGGGGGUUUGUUGCAAGAAGGUUGGAGCAUCUUUGAGCAAAUGAUUGAGCACUAUGGGAUUGUGCCAAGAAUGGAGCAUUAUGGAUGCAUAGUGGAUCUACUUGGUCGAGCUGAGUUGACAGAGUAUGUCAGUGCAAGGGUACUUGAAAUAGAACCUUUUAAUUCUAGUUAUCAAGUGUUGGUUUCCAAUUGUAGUGCCCUAGAGGGAAGGUGGAGCAGUGUGAUGGAUGCUCGCAGAACAAUGCGUGAUUGGGGAGUUGAGAAAACUCCUGGUAGUAGCUUGAUUCAGGUAGGAAAUGAGGUGCAUGAGUUUUUGGCUAAAGACAUGAGGCACCAGAUGAGGAAAGAGGUAUAUGAAACUUUGGAUGGUUUAAUAGCCCUCAUCAGACAUACAGAACACACCCCUUGGAUAAGUUAUUGCAGCACACUUGAGUAA